AUGUAUUCUUCUUCAGACCGCCCAUCUUGUGGAGCUACCUUGCUGGUUCUCCUACUCUCGGUGUUGGCAUCAUCCACGUAUGCCAUCGCUGACGCUGUCAUGCAUAGGGAUGUAGCCAUCAUCGGCGGUGGUGCAUCAGGACUCUACGCCGCUCUCCGUUUACGUCAGAUGAACCACUCGUUCGUCGUUGUAGAGAGCAGAUGUGAAUUUGGAGGUCACACGGCGUCAUAUACUGUCCCAGGCACGAAUACUCACAUCAACUACGGCGCACAAGGCUAUGGGGGUGAUACCGACGCCAUUAAGCGCUUCUUUGGAUUUUAUAAUAUCCCGAUUGAGCUUGUCAAACUGGGUGAGGUGGGAUUCGGCAACACGCGUCACGUCGACUUUGCAAAGUCCAAGGAACUUCCCGACUUCAAACCAGACAACAAUCUGACCAUUUUUUCGCAACAAGUUCACAAGUACCCGGCGCUCGCGUGGAACACAAAGCUUCCAACCCCUGUCCCUGAAGAUCUGACGUUGCCAUUCCGUGACUUCGUCGCCAAGUAUGGCAUCCAGUCCAAUAUAUAUAGUCUAUACUUUCAGACCGAGGGAUUGGGCGACCUUUUGUCUCAACCGACAUUAUACGUGUUCAAAUAUCUCAACAUAGACUAUCUGGAUGGCCAGCUGCCCACAUCACCUGGGUUUUAUGUGACGAAAAAUGGAUUCAACCAGGAAAUCUACCUGAAGGCCCAGGCUGAUUUUGGCGCCGAUGCACUUGUCUCAUCGAGAGUUACUGGCGCUGUUCGGAAUGGGACUGGCGUGGUUCUGACUGUCAAGACCCCUUCGGGUCAAAAGACAAUCGUUGCCUCCAAAUUGCUCGUCACGAUGCCGCCGACCAUCGAGAACAUGAAUCACCUCGGCCUCGACAGUCGCGAGUACAACCUCUUUUCACAUUUUAAAUCACACGGCUGGUAUGUCGGCCUAGUAAAUGCCGAAGGCUUUGCUGAUAGGGACGAGUUUGUCAACGCCCACUCGGACAGCUCCAACUUCAAUCUACCCAAAUUACCAGCAUUGUAUCAGAUCUCACCUACUGCCGUGAAGGGCAUCUACCUUGUCCGCUAUGGUUCAUAUGCUUAUAUGGAUAAACGCGACAUAAAGAGGGAUAUUGUCGCAACCGUCGAACGUGUUCGCCGUACCGUCCUACCUACCACAACUGGUCUGCCCCCAGUGACUUUGCUCGCAUUCUCUAGUCAUUAUCCCUUUAGCCUGUAUGUCAAUUCUUCCGACUUUGCCGGCGGAUUUUACAGCCGCCUGGAUGGACUGCAAGGUUACAGAAACACAUGGUACACGGGCGCUGCGCUCAGCUCUCAUACAGCUUCCCAUGUGUGGAAUUUUACUGAACGUCUUCUUCCUCGUAUAUUUCCGUAA